AUGAGCGGCGGCGAAGUCGUCUGCUCGGGAUGGCUCCGCAAGUCCCCCCCGGAGAAGAAGUUGAAACGUUAUGCAUGGAAGAGGAGAUGGUUUGUGUUACGCAGUGGUCGCUUAACUGGAGAUCCAGAUGUCCUGGAGUAUUACAAAAAUGAUCAUGCCAAGAAGCCUAUCCGUAUUAUUGAUUUAAAUUUAUGUCAGCAAGUUGAUGCUGGAUUGACAUUUAACAAAAAAGAGUUUGAAAACAGCUACAUUUUUGAUAUCAACACCAUUGACCGAAUUUUCUACUUGGUAGCAGACAGUGAGGAAGAGAUGAAUAAGUGGGUUCGUUGCAUUUGUGACAUCUGUGGGUUUAAUCCUACGGAGGAAGAUCUUGUGAAGCCCCCUGGCAACUCUGCCCAGGCGCCAGCCGAUUUACCUUUGGCGGUCAACACAGCACCGCCGUCCACCCAGGUAGAUUCAUCCUCCGCUGCUCCACCUCCUCCCUAUCAGCUAAUUAAUCUUCCACCACACCUGGAAACUGUUGGCAUCCAAGAGGAUCCUCAAGACUACCUCUUGCUAAUCAACUGUCAAAGCAAGAAGCCUGAACCCACCAGAACACAUGCUGAUUCUGCAAAAUCCACCUCUUCUGAAACAGACUGCAAUGAUAACGUCCCUUCUCAUAAAAAUCCUGCUUCCUCCCAGAGCAAACAUGGAGUGAAUGGCUUUUUUCAGCAGCAAAUGAUGUAUGACUCUCCACCGUCUCGUGCUGCAUCUGUUUCUGUAGACUCCAGCCUUUAUAACCUGCCCAGAAGUUACUCCCACGAUGUUUUACCAAAGGUGUCUCCAUCAAGUACCGAGGCAGAUGGAGAACUCUAUGUUUUUAAUACCCCAUCUGGGACAUCAAGUGUAGAGACUCAAAUGAGGCAUGUAUCUAUUAGUUAUGACAUUCCUCCAACACCUGGUAAUACUUAUCAGAUUCCACGAACAUUUCCAGAAGGAACUUUGGGACAGACGUCAAAGCUAGACACUAUUCCAGAUAUUCCUCCACCUCGGCCACCGAAACCACAUCCGGCUCAUGACCGAUCGCCUGUGGAAACGUGUAGUAUCACACGCACGGCCUCAGAUACUGACAGUAGUUACUGUAUCCCUACAGCAGGGAUGCCACCAUCACGUAGUAAUACCAUUUCCACUGUGGAUUUGAACAAAUUGCGAAAAGAUGCUAGUUCUCAAGACUGCUAUGAUAUUCCACGAACAUUUCCAAGUGACAGAUCUAGUUCACUUGAAGGCUUCCAUAACCACUUUAAAAUCAAAAAUAUAUUGACAGUGGGAAGCGUAUCAAGUGAAGAACUGGAUGAAAAUUAUGUCCCAAUGAAUCCCAAUUCUCCUCCACGACAACAUUCCAGCAGUUUUACGGAACCAAUUCAGGAAGCAAAUUAUGUGCCAAUGACUCCGGGAACAUUUGAUUUUUCUUCGUUUGGAAUGCAAGUUCCUCCUCCAGCUCAUAUGGGCUUCCGGUCCAGCCCAAAGACCCCUCCCCGAAGGCCAGUUCCUGUUGCAGACUGUGAACCACCCCCUGUGGAUAGGAACCUCAAGCCCGACAGAAAAGGUCAAAGUCCUAAAAUUUUAAGACCCAAACCCCCUGGUUUAGAGCGAACUGAUUCACAAACCAUAGGUGACUUUGCUACAAGAAGAAAGGCCAAGCCAGCACCUUUAGAAAUAAAACCUUUGCCAGAAUGGGAAGAACUGCAAGCCCCAGUUAGAUCUCCCAUCACUAGGAGUUUUGCUCGAGAUUCCUCUAGAUUUCCCUUGUCUCCCCGACCGGAUUCAGUGCAUAGCACAACUUCAAGCAGUGACUCACACGACAGUGAAGAGAAUUAUGUUCCCAUGAACCCAAACCUAUCCAGCGAAGACUCAAAUCUUUUUGGCAGUAACAGCCUUGAUGGGAGAAGCAGUCCUAUGGUCAAGCCCAAAGGAGACAAACAAGUAGAAUACCUAGAUCUGGAUUUAGAUUCUGGGAAAUCCACACCACCACGUAAGCAAAAGAGCAGUGGCUCAGGCAGCAGUGUAGCUGAUGAGAGAGUAGAUUAUGUUGUGGUUGACCAACAGAAGACUCUGGCUCUAAAGAGCACUCGGGAAGCCUGGACAGAUGGGAGACAGUCCACAGAAUCUGAAACACCAGCCAAGAAUGUGAAAUGA